ACGAAGGCGAACAACAUCCCGCGAAAAACAAAAUGUUUUCCUUAGAAAAUGCAAACAUGCAGCGAAGAUUCAAGGUGCAGUUUCCCUGAAAAUAAGCCGCAAAUAUAAACUAAGUUAUCUAGUUCAUCCACCGUUCCUUUCGGUAUGACUACGAGAACUUUUCUUCGCUGCACUGUUCUGUCUGUUCAGGAUACAAGCAUUUUGUACCCGUCUUGUCUGACGUGUUUUUCAAGAGUUACGUUAGCGUCUGAAGAGCAGGCGAGCUCCAGAUGGUGUUGUGUUAAGUGUGGACGGGACGCGGAGGCCGCAGGGUACAGAUACAGGCUAUCACUCCGGGUGUCCAGAGACUGCGCUGUGCUCGGAGCCACUGUGUUUGGGAGCUGCCUUGAUUCCUUCUUUGGAGUACCAGCCGGGCAACUCAACAGAUUUCUGGAUGCCGUUAAAGAAAGCAGAGGUGUCCAAACAGUGGAGCGGCUACUCAGGAAAGCACUGGAGGACUGCUUUGUUGGAAGAUGCGUGCUUCUAGCAAUCAAGAUCCCUGGCAAUGUUGGAGAACACCGGUCACCAGGGAGACGGCCCUGUCCCGCUCUGGAAGGCUCUAUGAAGACCUCAGAGCAGUACAUUGCGAGUAGCAUCACUCUCCCAAACGACGGCGUCUUCGGUGCUACUGUGCUCCAGUACCUCCAGAGUCUCCUGCGUGCGCGCGACCUCUCAGAUGGGUGCAGCGAUCAGGAGUGUUCACAGGAGUCAGAUCAGGACAGUUACCAUGACUACACACAGCUCUGUCCUGGAGGAGUGUGCUCACCGCCAUGUAAGGCGGCCAACGCUUCCUUUCCUCUGCCUCUGUCUCUGCUGCAGUCGCCGGGUUCAGGCAGCGCGUCGGGGGGCUCGCUGGAGCUCUCUCUCCCUCGACCGCGGGGUGACGCACUCGAUGCCAGCCUCCCUGACGCCUCUGUUGCCAUGGCACCAUGCAGCUGCUGUGAUGCACAGAAGGGUCAGGUUUCCGUAAGCCAGGAGUCAGGAUAUGGCGAAACCUCCAGUUCCUUUACCAUAUUGUCCGGAUCCGUGCCCAGUCAGGACCAGCUCCAUUCCAGGGUGAGCUACCAUCAGGGAGGCUCAUCUGAGCCGACGUGUAGCUUUGGCAGUCAGGUGGCCUGUCAGAAAGACAUGGCCACUUCACCAGAGUGCCUCGUUCAUGACCCUGAGGAGGGCUACAACUACUCUGCAGAGCUUUUCGAUGUUUCAGGUUUGGACAGCAAUGACUUUUACAGAUCAGAGCAGGUCACGCACAGACCUCGGACAUCUGCUGAUUUCCACUGCAUUAUGCCCGGAUUGGCUCCUUUCUCUCAGUCCACACCCAUUCUCAAGAAAGGGGCUCCAAAGAGGAAGAGGAUGUCUAAAGCCACUGACCAGACCAAGGAAGCGUCUCACAGGGGGCUGGACCAUGGCUCUGCCCAGACCAAGGGAGCGUCUCACAGGGGGCUGGACCAUGGCUCUGCCCAGACAAAGAGAGCGUCUCACAGGGGGCUGGACCAUGGCUCUGAAGCACGCCGCAGGGGAGCAGGAAGUGUGAUUGACAGUCAGAUGGAGUGCACUACUGGGGAUGGAAGCUGGUGUGGUGCUGAUUGCUCCAAAGACCUUUUUGUUGAUUCAUACAAAGACUAAAUAAUAAUAAUUAUAAUAAUAAUAAUAAUAAUGAUGAUGAUAAGACUGUAUCAUGGUUUUUAAUGGUUUGAAUUUGAAUUUGUACAUACCAGCACCUCCUUUGAUAUUUAUAGUGAUGAAAUAGCUGAAAAUGUUCUCCUGUAAAUUCUAUUUGUAUGAAAUGAUAUAUGCUAGAUUGCACAAAGCUGAACAAAAAGGCUUUUUAUGAAGUUUAUAAAGAGCUGAAGGGUAUUCCAAAUACGUGGUUUAGUGACUUAACCCAGAUUAGUUAACUCCAACUAAGUGGUUAACCUCCUAAAAGAAGAGUCAUACAGCUUCAUUCUCCUACCAAAACAAAGCCAUAGGGCUCGUCCAGAUGUGAGCGAUAUUCUCUUGAAAAGGAACUCCGUAUUGUGUAUUUUAAUAAUCUGUAUCAGUCUUCUGGAUUAAAAACCUUAAAUAUUCGCAAAUCUGAAA